AUGUGUAUGUAGUGUUACCUGUAUAUACGACCGUAGCCAUGACAACGUAGUAAAUGUAGUACAAAGUUGGGUCAGAUACCUACCCACCACCCAGUUUAUGAGAAUAUAUUCGUGUCGAGGUGAAAUUAUUAUGAAAUAUUAAAUGUCGACUCGAAGGGGGUUGUAUGUUUCUCUCUGCUGGACGUUAUUGAAUUGCGUUCUCUGCGAUUGACUGUCACGUUAUGGCUUCAAUGGAGAAUCACUGUUGUAACGACGGCCUCCCAUAAUUCUAUCAGAAAAUUCAACGUCUGCAUCGCUAUCUCGAUCGGCUGGUACAUCUCCUGAUUAUAAUAUCGUCCAAAUCCUUCGGGCGCAAAUGAAGAUGAAUCGGUACAUUACGUUACAUCAGUUAGGAGAUGGAACGUAUGGAUCCGUUGUACUUGGUCAGAGAAUUGAUACGGGUGAGAAGGUCGCAAUAAAAAGGAUGAAAAGAAAGUAUUAUUCUUGGGAAGAAGCUAUGAAUCUACGGGAAGUCAAGUCGCUGAAAAAACUCAGUCAUGCAAACGUAGUUAAACUGAAGGAAGUGAUAAGAGAGAACGAUGUUUUGUAUUUUGUGUUUGAAUACAUGAAGGAGAAUCUGUAUCAAUUAAUGAAAGAUAGGGAGAAACUUUUUCCUGAACCUGUGAUCAGAAACAUGGUAUAUCAGGUAUUGCAGGGUUUGGCUUUUAUGCACAAACACGGCUUCUUUCAUCGCGACAUGAAACCUGAAAAUCUGCUCUGCAUGGGGCCAGAACUGAUAAAAAUUGCGGACUUUGGUUUGGCGAGAGAAAUUAGAUCAAGACCGCCUUAUACAGAUUACGUUUCUACCAGAUGGUAUAGAGCGCCAGAAGUUCUGUUGCACUCUACUAAUUAUAAUAGCCCCAUAGAUAUUUGGGCCGUCGGUUGUAUAAUGGCUGAACUGUACACGUUCAGGCCAUUAUUCCCUGGUAAUAGUGAGAUUGAUGAGAUAUUUAAAAUCUGUUCUGUCAUUGGCACACCAAACAAGGAUGAUUGGCCUGAAGGUUACCAGCUGGCUGCUGCCAUGAAUUUCAAAUUUCCAAACUUUAGUCCUACCCCAUUAAGCAAGUUGAUACCAAACGCCAGUCAGGAAUCUGUCACACUUAUGGAAGACAUGAUGAGGUGGAAUCCGAUUCAAAGACCAACUGCGCAGCAAUCUUUGAGGUAUCGUUACUUCCAAGUCGGCGGACCACGACAAGUCAGCAGUAAAAAAAUGGCCGUAGGAUCACAACGUGAACUUGUUAUGAACAAGGUGAAUCUGCCCGCCUCAAUAAUCACUUCAAACGGAACUUACAAUCAACCGGAUAUGAUCAGUACUGUUGUUCAGACUAGGUUGCAGGAAAAAGUACAGGUUCAGCAACCUGUAAUGCCGUUAUACACUCGCAAUAACAAUACCAAUAACAACAUUAAUAAUAGUACUAACAAUUCCAAUCGGAAACAAGAAAAAAAUAUGGUAAUAUGGGACGAUGACGAGUUUGCUGAACUUUUAGGUGGAAAAAUUCUACCGGAUAACAUGAACGCUAAGCUGCUACCGGAUCGAGUCUACAAGGAGAAUCGAACUAAUUGGAAUUCCACCUAUUCGAACAAUGUUCAAGAAAACGUUAAACAGACAAAUGCCAGGUGGACUCAGCCAGCAUGGACCGAGUCAUUGCCUGCCCAGAAUUGGACUCGCGUUCAACCGAACCUUAAGAACUCUUCAAGAAAGGUCUCGGCGAAGCAACACUACCUUGGCGUAGCUCGGUACAUCGCAGGACAGAGCACUGCCCUGCCAUCCAGAAAUGGAGAUGCGGAUGUUAACCGAGCAAGAAUUACACUGAACGGGUCAGUUCCUCCUCCUGUUCCUAAUCCUACGGAAAAUAUCGAGGAGAAAAUUGACUCGAUAUGGGGAUCUCAGGAAAAUAUUGACACUCAGGCGAAACAACAUUACUUGGCGAGAAGUCGAUAUGUCGCUGGCCAAAGUACCCGAAUGCCAUACCCAAGCGUUUAUGGUACGUCGCAAAUUGGUGGUACAGUCAUACCAACUAACAAACCGUCGCCUCUUCAGGCGAAUCUGUUCGGAAGCGUUUUGAACGCGAGAUCUAGCGGAGUUCAUGGGAGAACAGACUGGGCUGCAAAAUACUUGAACUAACGAGGGUCAGAAGAAUAAAACAAUAGAGAAUAGGGUAGACAAUAGAAUAUAGGCUAGUCUAUAGGAUAGAAGAAUAUAGAUUAGAUUAGCUAUGUAUGUAACCAACUGUGAUAGGAUGUGUUUUUCGUUCAUUUUCAUUCCUUUGCUAUUUUAUCUUCGUCAAGUUCUUACUUUUCAUGAAACUAGUAACUGUACAUUUAUGGUAUGUAUCAUUUAUUAGUUAUGCGUAUGGUAGAUGCGUGUCUGUGCGUGCAAGCGUAAUUUCUCCUAUAUCAAUGAUUUCUAUCGACAGGAAAUCGUGCUAGUCAGUGAAAUUUUUUUUUCGUUAAUCCAAAACGACUGUAACUGGUUGUCUGUCUAUACGAAGAGUAUAUAAUCAAAUUUAGUACGUACAAUUUUAGAUCGAUAUAUAUAUAUUCGAGUAGCCACAAGUAAGAUGAUCGCACGAACGCGACAUAUUGACACUGGGAGAAAAUUUAAUAUAUUUUUGGGAGAACAUUAUCGAACUUCGUCUUUCAGACGGUUAUUAUACGCUCCAAACGUUAUAACUAUACUUAGAUCCGUCCAAAUUUUCAUGUUAAAAAUUUCAUAACAAAAAGUUGCCGCUGUGAGAAAUGCUGAAGUUUUAUCACGCUCAAAUUUUAACAACAUGAGCUUGAUUUUUUUUUAUAAUAGGUGCAACUGAAUUAACAUGUUCCCAAAUAAAACCGCGAUUAAUUGUAUUCAGAUAUCUUCACAUUUUAUUCGUUUAAUAUUCCACAAAUUUUUCAUUCAAAAUAUGGAAGGUAUUAGUUACGAAUGAGGUAAAUAUCAAAGAAUCGAAGGGCGGCUGCUACAAACAUUAACUAAUGAAAUCUAUCGUACAUUUGUGUAUACACGAUAAAAUAUAAUAUUAAGUAUUAAAUUUUUCACUUCCCGCGUC